AUGGCAGACGCUAAGCAGGGUAAAUCCCCAAUUGAAGAUUUCUUUAAUGGAUCAUCUCAAUCAAGAUCAGUCCUGGCUAAACCUAGACUUGGUGGUUUUGGCUCCUCAAGUUUUGCAUCCAGUUCUAAUAAAGGAUCCUGUAGUCCAUUUGGAUCAAUCUUGCGGCCAUCUCAGUUAAAAAGUGGAGCUAAUCCAUUUUUAAAAGUCACAGAUACAUUUGGUCUCAGUGGUGCAAAAGCAAAUGAUAAAAAAGAAGAGACUCCAAAUGAUGACAGACUUAAAGAAAAAGAAGCUCAAGAGGCUGAUGCACCGAAGUUUGUACCCCUAGGGUCUACAAAUGUUACAAGAAUAUCAAAUGCUCCAGGAGGACAAUCUGCUCCCAGCUCGUCAGCAGGAUUCGUAUUUGGACAAAAUUUAAGUGAAAGAGUUGAAUUGAAAGAAUCUGCAAACAAUGGAGAGGCUUCAUCUACUGAGGACACUAUGUCUAAUAAAAGCACUGAGUUAUUAUUCAGCAGUGCUGCUGCAUCGGUUAAGGAAAACCAGGAAGAGACCAACUCCAGUGAUGUAACAAGCAGUAAUGACGGAUUGGCAGCUGCAGCAGCUGAAUAUGAACGGUCUCAUGCUCGACCGCCACCACCUACAACUAACAUUACAAUCACCGGUGAAGAGGGAGAGAUCAAUGUAUUGCAGAUAUCGUGUCGUCUGUUCGCGUGGGAGGCGGGCAGCUGGCGCGAGCGCGGGCGUGGCGUGCUGCGGCUGAACGACGCGGAGACGGGCCGCGAGGGCGGCGCGCGGCUCGUGGCGCGCGUGUCGGGCUCGCUGCGCGUCGUGCUCAACACCAAGCUGUGGCCCGACAUGGUGGUGGAGCGCGCCGGCACCAAGUCGCUGCGCAUCACCGCCGCUGACGCGCUGCAGCAAGUCAAACUUUUCCUUAUCAUGGGGUCUCCGGGUGAUAUUGCACAGUUGCAUAGAGCCUUAAUGUCACGUAUCUCAGUAAGCAAACGGACAUGUUCAGUGUCAGCAAACACUGGAACUCAGAAUGCGUCGUCUCAAAAGGCUGCCGAGCGACUUGAAGCCGACGUUGACGAGAAUGACUAUCUUGAGAAACAGGAUAACAAGAGCGAGGUGAAACAGGCCGCUGCUGGUAGUGCUGUGGAUGAAGACGUUGGAGACAGCGAGUCUUCUAACAAUGACAGGCUACAAACUGACAAUGUACACAAGACUGAUCAACAUGAAUCAAAUGUAGAUGAUAUAAAGGAAGACAAUGAAGCCAAGGCACUGAAACGAAAAGAGCCCGUCGGAGACGAAUCUUCGCCCAAGAGACAGUGCCCUGAAAUAUUUAUAGAGUGA